AAGGGGCGGGUGCCGGCGGGGCGGGCCGGUCCGGGGCCUCUCCGCCGGGCGUGAGGGGCUGAGGCGAGGCGGUGCCUGGGGCAGGGCGCGGCGCUGGCCUCGGGGGGCUGAGGGCGGCUGCCGCCUCCCCGCCGCGGGGAUGAGCGCCUCGGCGGCCACCGGAGUCUUCGUCCUCUCCCUCACCGCCAUCCCCGUCACGUACCUCUUCAACUGUCUGGCGGCCACCGGCAGUUCCUGGGCAAUUGUUACAGUUGGAUUGAUGGUUCUGGUUUUUAUUGGCCUGUUGGCUCGUAUUCUUGUCAAAAGAAAACCACCAAAAGACCCACUGUUUUAUGUUUAUGCUGUAUUUGCCUUUACAAGUGUAGUGAAUCUAAUAAUUGGACUGGAACAGGAUGGAAUUAUUGAUGGAUUCAUGACUCAUUACUUGAGAGAGGGUGAACCAUACCUGAACACUGCAUAUGGCCAUGUGAUCUGCUAUUGGGAUGGCUCUGCUCAUUAUUUGAUGUAUUUGUUGAUGGUGGCAGCUAUUGCAUGGGAACAAAGCUAUAGAACCAUUGGCCUCUACUGGCUAGGUUCCAUUAUCAUGAGCAUCGUUGUCUUUAUGCCUGGAAACAUUGUGGGCAAAUAUGGAACAAAAGUGUUUCCUGCUUUUUUCUUAAGUAUACCAUAUAUUUGCCUCCCCAUAUGGGCUGGGUUCCGGAUUUAUAACCAACCUUCAGUGACACAUGAUGCUCCAGUUAAGGUGGUUCAGGAAGUCCAGAAGAAAGGACUCUUAAGACGACCAUUAGAUUUAAUGUUAGCUGCUUACCUCAUUCUGGCAACAGGUUUUUGCAUAUUUAGGGGCAUGAUUGCUCUGGAUUGCCCUGCUGAACUCUGCCGGCUGUAUAUUCAACUCCAUGAGCCUUAUAUAAAAGAUCCUGCUGCCUAUCCCAAGCUUCAGAUGCUGGCAUACAUGUUCUACUCUGUGCCAUACUCUGUGGUUGCUCUGUAUGGCCUACUGGUACCUGGUUGUUCCUGGAUGCCUGAUUUAACCCUUAUACAUGCUGGAGGACUAGCCCAGGCUCAGUUUUCCCAUAUUGGUGCUUCUCUUCAUGCCCGAACUCCUUACAUCUACAGAGUCCCUGAAGAAGCAAAAGAGUUUUUUCUGGUAUUGAACAUAAUGUAUGGAAUUCUUCCCCAGCUGUUGGCUUACAGGUGUGUCAAUAAGCCAGAGUUUUUUAUGAAAGCAAAACAAGAAGAAAAACCAGAAUAGCACAACUGUUUUCAGCUCCACUUUUUGGCAAUGUAUAUAACUGGCUUGGGAUGUAAUGGAACUGCUCAAAUAGAACCCAGAUGAAGUGUGUAAGAAGUGUAAAAUUGCACAGUUGUGUAAAGUUGUGUUUUGUUUAUCCCACACAAAAAGGGAAAAAAUAAAGAUGACUGCUUUCAGUACCACUUCUCAACAUUGUGACUUUGCACUGCAGUGGAGUUGCUAAUUCACAGAGCUAUUUUUAAAUAAGCUGCUUUGACAGUUUUAGAAAUACUGCAUGAAGUUAAAUAAUAAUAAUGAUGUCAGUGUUUAGCCUUCACACCCUGAAGAAUAUCAGUGCUACCAAUCCCUACACAAAGCUACUGUAGAAUGUGAAGGGCAACAUUUUGAAGUGUCAAAAAUUAACAUACAUAACUCUGUCACAUGCACAUGUUUUAUUUGUUAAAAAGUAUGCCCUGUGGGUCAGCCUUGUUAAAAAUCCCAAGAAAUCUUUUUAAGAAGCAAUCAACUCUUACGGUAAAACUCCAUAUAUGAUAAGCAAAUCAUAUAGCUUAGUUAAAUCUUUUAGGGAUUCACUUCUGCAAGGACUGCUCAUCUCCUGGAAGUUAAGCACUUGCUCACUAGCACUUCUGAGCUGGCCACAGAGAGCUCGUUACCUGGAGCAAUCUUGCCUUACACUGUACCGUGAGUUUUCAGAGAGGAGGGUUUUGUUAGAGGCUUUUUGGAGGUUUUUUUUUGGGCUGCUUUCUUCUCUGCAGCUACUUUUGCUAAUUCUGUUGGGUCAUAAGCAAGUAGCAGCCAAUACAGCAAUCUUGGUUUGUGUGGUUUAUGUUUCUAUUUGCAAUUACGAAUAUUUCUGUGA